AUGGAAAGCCCAGCCAGAAACAAACCCACGUCGUCUCGUGUGAUUGACUCGCUCCACUCGCAGAUCGAUGAGUUGAAAGCAGAACUCGAGCACCUCCGGCUUUCGCAGAGCGAGCACAAGAAAAACCAUGCUGUUUUGGCCUCGAAGCACGAGUCGCUAGUGGACCAGUUGGCCAAUGCCAAACACGAAAACGAUAUGGUGAACGCGCUUCUCAAGCGGAAGGAGCGGCGGAUUGCGGACUUGGAAGAAGACACAGACAAGUUGAGUGCUGCCAACGACUCCUUGCGCCACGGCAACGCGAACUUGAAGAUCCGCUGCGAGCAAUUGCAAGAUUCCUCGGCGCUGUCGACAGCCGAGUAUGAGCGGUUGAAGAUCGCCUACGACGCCUUGCUUGCUGCGCAAAAUGAGUACAAGCGCCACUACCAGAGCGAGUUGGCGCAAGUGGCGCAGCAGUUUGAGGAGUACAAGCAGGAGAGCCGCAAACAGAUGGCCGAGCUUUCCAGCAAGCUCGACAGCAACGACAAGGACAUUGACACGUUGCUCGACGGCCUCGUGCACAAGCGGAAGGUCAUGGACAACUUGUACGUGAACCGCAACCGCACGGUGUUGGAGCUUUUGGCGGCCUUGUCCCGCGCGGCCAAAGCCCACGGCGAAGAGUCGAGAGAGCUUUUGGCAGAGAACAUCUGUGCCAUCAACCUGAUCCGCGAGAAGUUUCCCGACUUGCAGGAGAAGAUCUCCGAGCACAACGGGCGGCAGAUUGACAUUGACGACUUGCUCAGCCAAACCAGCGCCUCUUUUGAUACGAGCGUGGACGAGUUGGAGCAGGGCCAAAACACGGGCCACGACAAGGCCGACGAGCUGCGCAACAUGAGAACACCAUCUGUGCGGCGCAGAAAACACAAGCGCAGCUCCAUGCGCGUAUCGCCUGAGGCUGAACCGUCUGAUGCGCUUCCUCGGGCACGGCCGCACCAAGAACCGGCCAGAACACCCGAACCGGGGCGUAGACCCAUGUCCCAGCAAGACCUACUUGCGCGCAAUUCCUUGUCACGCAGCACGCUGGGCGGCAGAAACAGCCCACGGCCGCAGUCGAGCGGCCACUCCAGUUAUUCGGGCCACACGAGCCAAUCCAACACGUCUCACCGCCCGUCGCACAAUGCCAAAAACGGCCGCGUUGCUUCGACCGGCUCGGGCUCGCGAACACCUUCGGGUGGGGCCAAACGCCGUCUGUUUUACGGCGGCAGCAACAACUACAACAACGGAUCCAACCGCCGCAGUCUGAGCAAGGCUGACACCUCAAUAUAG